AUUUUCUGCAAUAAUGAGUUAAUUUUAAAGACCCACUUCAUCAAGAAAAGGAACAAAUAAUCUUCCUGUACAAUAAGGAGAUAUUGAAGAAUAUAUGUAACAAUAGUAUAACGAUGUCUAGAUAAAUAUUAUAUGAUCAUCAAAAGAGUUGUGAGAAAGCUGGUAAAUAUUUGGAAGCAGACUAAGCUAAAAAGAGGCUGGCAGAAUUAAAGAAAGAAUUAGAUUUAAAAAAUAAAGUAGAUGUCAAAGAUAGACAUUGUUCAGAGAAAUAAGAGAUUGAGAAAGCUCAUUUGGAAGAAUUCAAUUAAUUUAAUUAGUUUUGGGAUUAAAAAAUGAUUGAAUUUGAUAGUGAAGCUUAGAAAGUUAAAGAAUAAACACUUUAAAGACAAGAAGAUGAAUUAAGAUAGUUUUCAGAGGAAUUAGAAAAUUCACUACCACUUAAGCCUAAGGAUUCAACCGAGCUUUUAUCCUUAAGAAAGACAGAAGAGUAAUUGGCUAGAUAGGAGAAGUAUUUAAAAUUGUAUAUACUCUUAGCUAUUUGGAGGCUCAUGUGAUUCAAUCUAGAAUAUAAGCUUAAGAGAGAGAUGAAUAUGAAAAAUGGACAUCCUGUAGAUAAUAAAAGAUAAGAAAUCUUAUUACACAAUUGAGAUAGAAAUAAAUAAAUGAAUUAAAUGCACUUACAUAGAGAAUAAUAAGUGGAUAGGAAGAAUAAAGAAAAAUAAGAUCUUAAGAAUUAGAAAAGUAUUUGUUGAUUUAAUUUUAGAUUAUUAUAAAAAUAUUAAAAUGUGAGAAAAGAAUUAGAGAGUCAAUAAACAUAAGAAAUAACUAGGUUAGAUAAGACAAACAAAACCUAAUGUAUAAAAAUAGUUUAGUAUUUUUAGCAAUAAUGUAAUAAUCCAGAAUGAAUCAAUCAAAAAUGUAACAAAAUGAGAACCAAUAUAUCAGAUGAUAUUUAGUUAAAAUGCU